GGUGCGUGGUGUACUUGUACUGUCCUUGUAUGGUAUUUACUAGUUGUGGUUUGACUGCUUUUGACCCAUCAGCCCCUUGCAUCACUUGCCCAUUGACUCCAAACCCACCUCAGUCUGCACCAGUCUUCCCUGGAAGCCUUUGCGAGAACAUAGCCCUCGGCACCAUAGGCAAAGGCAAACAUAUAGAGGACAUUAGUAGAGGCGAAGUAGAAGAAGCAUGCAGAGUUGUGAUGCUCGAGUCUUGGGUGCUAGGUUUAGAUCAAAGCUACGAGACACUAUUGAGUGGCACUGAUGCAGAAGGCAUCCAGUUGAGCGGUGGACAAUGCCAGAUAUUUGCAAUCGUGCGGGCGCAGAUAUGUGACCCUGAUGUCUUGAUUCUUGAUGGAGCAACAUCAGCCUUAGACCCCCCAACUCGCGCACUUAUCAUGGCCACUAUUUGCCGAUGGCGCCAAAACUGCACCACCAUCAUCAUCACGCACAACAUUGCCUCAAUUGAAGAACAAGACUUUGUCUACAUCAUGUGGGAAGGCUCUGUCAUCAAGCAAGGGUUCCAAUUGGACCUCCUGCAAGCAGAUGGUGAGUUUGCUUGGAUGCUUCAUACUGGGGGGCUUGACAUUGAAGAUGAGCUUCCUGGAUACAAUGCAGUUGCAGAGAUCCUCGCAGUGGAGAAUGAUGAGGAGGAUGAGCUCCCAGUUCAUGAAUGA